UCGCCAGUCAGUUCCCUGUCGUCCGUCGUACGGAGUGCAUUUGAACCGUCGCGAUUCCGCCGCUCCCGGAGAGAACCGAACCGUCCGAGCCGAAGGCGACCCGCGACGCCAACCAAACCAAAGCAAAACAAAACGACGACCGAAACGUUGCGAAAAGGAGUGCGCGUCCGUCGCGUCGCCAUACUGCCGCCGUUCCUCGCCCCCCGGGUAAAUCGACGCGUGUGUUCAGUGUGGCACCCAAAUGUCCGCUCAGCUGUUGCUUAUACUCUCGUCGCACCUUCGCGCCCGAGCAAACCAACGCAUUGAUGUUUAUGUUCCGGAGACGCAAAGCGAGCAACCUCACUAGGAAACUGCUCAGGCGACGGCGGGCCAAUGGCGCGGGGGGCGGCGCCCCGACGCCCAGGUGCCCCGGGGACGGCCACGAGCACGACGUCCACGCCCUUCUCAAAAGACUGCAGGAAAACCAACUGGAGAUGCUAUUGACCGCGGUGGACAGUCGCGGCGUAGAUCCAGGACAUUGCGUCCUCGUGCGCCGCGACUUCGAUGACGAGCCCCAGGUACUGUGCUGUCAGUACUGGAGGUGGCCCGAUCUGAACCAGGGCGCGGAGCUCCGCAGGUUACCGCAGUGCAAAUCCGCAUGCGACCCCGUUUAUGCUUGCUGCAAUCCGUACCACUGGAGCAGACUGUGCCAACCAGACACGCCUCCGCCGGCCUACAGCAGAACCAACGUCGAUAGGAUACGACCUGAAGACCGAGCUCCUAGCGAAAUGCCGCUACUCACGAGAGAUUCCUACGAUUCGUUUUCGACAAGUGGAGAUGUGCGCAUGACGAAUCCCCUCGAAUGGUGCAAGGUGGCGUACUGGGAGCUCCAGGAACGGGUGGGUCCCCUUUUCCCUGUCGAGCCGAGGGCUGUGAACGUGUUCGGACACGUGCCUUACGGUAUGGAUGGUCUUAGUCUGGAGGCGCUGUCUCCGCAGAACCAGAGACCUACCGAAGCGUCGAAGACCACGAGGUCCAAGAUCGGUUUAGGCGUGACCCUUAGCCGGGAACCGGACGGCUGCGUCUGGCUCUACAACCGUUCCGAAUUUCCCGUGUUCGUCACGUCGUUGUACCUGGAGAACGAGGUUGGUUCGGGACCUGGUGCGGUCCCCCAGCCCAUCAAAGUACCUGCCGAGACCUGCAUAUGCGUCUACGACCCUUCGAGGGCGACCGGCUCCCACCCGCAGGACUACGGGUGGGGCAACCUGGUACGCUUCCACGGACCCGCCCCCGAUCCGAAUUCGAUAAGGAUCAGUUUCGUGAAAGGAUGGGGCACCGGUUACACACGGCAGGAGAUUACCUCCUGUCCGUGCUGGUUAGAAAUACUGUUGUCGCCCUGUAGGUGAUCGGAACGAGGGGCGUGGCGCGGUUUCGAACUGUUCAUGCCGAGGUGCAAAGUGGUUUUCUUUAUUUAAAAAAAAAUGGUGCGGGCGGAUUUUACAAAUAGUGAAUCAAAGCGCGCCGGUGAACAAGGCUGGAGGCAUCACCGAGAGAGGGUUCGAGGAAGACGCGAUGGUCUGAUCCGUCCUGGUUUUUAUUUUGUAUUUUUGUACUCGUGAACGAAAGCGUACUAAUUACACGUGUAAGCGGAAUCAAAUUCUCCUCUGCCACUUCUUUGCAAGAAAUACAUUAUUUCAGGAAUAUCCCCACCCCCAAAGCAUGCCUUAUCCCAUCUCCGAACCUAGCGAGAUGUCAAUUUAAGGUUAUAUAAGUAUAAGUGUAUUUUGGUGCUUUAAACGAAAGACUCUUCUAUAGUCUCGUAGUUGCGAGGGACCAUUUUCAAAUUUUAAAAAAAUUUCAUUUUGGUCUUUGCAAAACACCGCCACCGUCGACCGCCAAUAAAUUUUUAUGUUCGCGAAUUCACCGAAAUUGACCACCGUUUUGCGUUUGGCGAUCGAGACGAGCGGCCCGCAAAGGUAAUUCUCGAAGCGUUUCCUUGACGGUGCCUUCGCUACCAGUCGAAAAGUGCACUUCGAUCGAGCAAAUAAGGUACUUAUAUUGAGAGAAUAUUUUUCUAUGUCGAGGAAAAUGCGUCUUGUUAGUAUAAGGUUCUUCUAGUCACGAUAUAUUGCUACUGAACAUGCUGAAAGGUCCAUUUAAAAAAUGCCGUUUAAAUUAUAGUGCCUUCAAAGAAAAUAACAGCAAAUAUUUAUCGAAAAGUAAUUAAAAAGUAUAAUAUGUACUAUAUUGUAUACCUAACGACGAUAAUUUGUUUUUUCUUUAUUAGUCCACGUUGUAUGUACUAUUUUUUAGGAAAGAAAAAAGUGUAACUUGUAUUAUUUCGGUUUCCUAUUAUUCGUAUUCGGUUACGAAAUUUUCAAAUGCUUUGUAUCCUCCGUUUUCCUUUUGUUUGUUUCUGUUAUUAUGUGUGACAAUCACGUCAAUAAUAUUCGAAAUUUUGUAAAUAACUGUAAAUAUUACCUACGGAUGCCUUUGUAGCACUUCUAGGGCAAAUUGUCCUCUAUGCUCUUCGUGCGAUCCCUUGUUGGUGCACACCAGCCCCAUGACUAGUUAUUUUUGCAAAUCAGACGAAAAUAUAAAAUUGCUACAAAGGCAAGGGCUAUCACUUAAAGGUUUCGCACGAAGGGACCUUAAUAUUUAUAA